AUGGCAAAUAUGGAUGAGAUUAAGUCUAUGUUUGAGAGAAUGACAGUCGAGAUAGCAAAUUUCUCGGUGAGGCAGACUCAGCUCGAGAAUCAACAUGAAAGGGCUUUUGCUGAGCUGAAAGAGUCUAUUGAUGCUGUGAAGAGGUAUGAUAGAGGAAAGGGGAUAGAAGACUUGGAUGGAGGAGGCGAGAUCUACACCCCUACAGGCAACCCUGCUGCGUGGGUACAUGGUGGUGUUACCACAAAUCAGUUUUCUCCAGUUGCCUACCACUUGGGGUUUGGGCCCUUGCCUCAAUUUCAAGGGCCAAGGGGGGUUGCUUCUCCCCACAGACCAACCUUUAUAGCUCCUGUUCAAGGACAUUCUGCUGCUACCGGCAACAAUGGAGGGGGUUAUGCUCAAGGACAAAGUUCAGCUGGACAAAAUGGUGGUGGUGAACCAGCUCCUGCAGCUCAGAACUCGACUGCAACAUCACCAAGAGGAACAAAUCUGACCAGGAUGACCAAGCUGGAGUUCCCUCGUUUCAAUGGCCUCAACCUUAAGGCUUGGCUUUGUAAGGUAGAACAAUUUUUCUCACUAGAUGAAGUUGAUUAUAAUCAAAGGGUUAAGGUGGCUUCCAUACAUUUUGAUGACAUAGCCAUAGAGUGGCAUCUUGCCUAUUUGAGAAGUAGAUCUCACUUACCCUACCCUAGCUAUGAUGAGUAUGUGUAUGCUCUCAUAGAUAGGUUUGGGGCUGAGUAUGCUGACCCUAUGUCUGAGCUCAAGCUAGUAAGGCAAGUGGGAGUGGUGGAAGAUUACCAGAAGGAGUUUGAUAGGAUCAUGACCCGGCUGCACAUCCUUCCUGAAUAUGCUAUUAGUGCUUUCAUCACUGGUCUCAAACCAGAAAUUGGAUUUACUGUGAAGAAUCAUCGACCCUUUUCCCUACCCCAGGCUUACCAGUUGGCUAGAAACACUGAAGCUCAAGUGAAUGCUCAGUUGAAGAUGAUUAAGUCCACACUGUACAGUGGAGGGUCAUCUCAUACUAGGAGCAACACUUAUGGAUCUUCUUCAAAGGGAGGUUUCCCUAAGAAGGAAGGAAACAUGCUUAAAAGAGAGGCUGCUGCUAACUGGAACAAAGGGAAUACAAGGAAGUUAACUACAGCUGAAAUGAAUGAAAAGAGGCAGAAGGGAUUAUGUUUUUUUUGUGAUGAGAAAUUUUUUCCUGGUCAUAAGUGUAGUAGCUCCAAACAGUUGUAUUUGUUGGAGGUGGAAGAAGAAGGACAAGAGGAGGAAGAAUCAGGAGACCUAGUAUUGGUAGAGGAACCUGCAGAGGUAACUGAAGAAGCAGGAGAAGAGGUGAAGGGAGAAGUGUGUGAAAUAUCAGUCCAUGCUCUUCAUGGAGUGCCAACAUUCCACAAUUUAAGAGUGACUGGUUAUUGCCAGAAAAGACCACUAAGUAUAUUGGUCGACCCUGGUAGUACACACAAUUUCAUUGAUGAUGAUGUAGCAAGAAGCCUGGGAAUUGCUACCCUGAAGAUUAAUCCUCAAACUAUCAAUGUGGCAGAUGGGAACAAUAGGCAGACAAAUGAACUUUGUAAGAACUUGACUUGGCUGCUGCAAGGGGUCACUUAUACAGCAGAUUUUCUACUGUUACCAUUGGGCUCUUGUGACUUGAUAUUGGGAGUACAAUGGCUGCUGCCAUUAGGGGAUCUUAAGCUGAACUUUCAGGAGCUUACCUUGGGAUACAAUUACCAAGGAAGGGAGUGUAUAUUGAAGGGGGAGGUGGACAAGGUAAAAAUUGUGGAGGCUAAGAAGUUGGAUAAACUAGCUAACAAUGGGGGACAGCUAUUUAUGUUGAGAGUACUGCCCAGGGAGGAGGCACAAACAGAGGAUAGCAUCAACAUACCUUCACAGAUGCAGCCAUUGAUUGAGGAGUACCAUCAGCUGUUCACUGAUCCUAAGGGAUUACCUCCCUCUAGAGGACCAUUUGAUCACAAAAUACCAUUGCAGGCAGGGUGUAAUCCUGUAAAUCUCAGACCUUACAGGUAUUCUUCAUCACAGAAGGAUAUCAUUGAAAGGUUAGUGCAGGAUAUGCUUGAUCAAGGAAUUGUGCAGCCAAGUUCCAGUCCAUAUGCAUCCCCAGUAGUUCUAGUAGGAAAGAAAGAUGGCAGUUGGAGGCUGUGUGUGGAUUACAGGGGCCUAAACAAGGCCACCAUCAAAGACAAGUUCCCUAUCCCAAUCAUAGAAGAACUUCUGGAUGAAUUGGGUGGUUCACAGGUCUACUCCAAGAUAGACCUUAGGUCUGGGUACCACCAGAUCAGGAUGACCACAGAAGAUAUAGCCAAGACAGCAUUCAGAACCCACUCAGGGCACUAUGAGUAUUUGAGUUUGAUGAAUAAUGUGUUCAAGGAGCAUCUCAGGAAAUUUAUUUUGGUAUUCUUUGAUGAUAUCCUAGUAUUCAGCAGGAACAUGCUUGAGCACUUGGUACAUCUUAGGAUAACAUUUGAGUUAUUAGUGAAACACCAUCUGUUUGCAAGGAAAUCAAAAUGUUCUUUUCGGGCCAGUAGAAUUGAAUAUUUGGGGCACAUUAUAUCUGCUGAAGGGGUAGCAACUGACCCUAAGAAGAUUGCUGCAGCCCUUGAUAGAGCGCUCAAGAAAGAUGGGUUCCAAUGGUCUAACAAGGCAGAGGUAGCAUUCAACAAUCUAAAAAGAGCCCUCACAUCAGCACCAGUGCUGGCACUUCCAAGCAGCCAGCUUAUGUUUAUAGUGGAAACUGAUGCAUGUGACUAUGGUGUUGGGGCUGUGUUAAUGCAAGAUGGUCACCCUAUAGCCUAUCUCAGCAAAGGUUUAUCAGGAAGGCAUCAAGUUUUGUCAGUUUAUGACAAGGAACUGUUAGCUCUUGUCAUCGCUGUUACCAAAUGGGCACAAUAUCUAAUGGGAAGACACUUUGUGGUAAGAACUGACCAGAAGGCACUGAAGUUCUUGUUAGAUCAGAAGCUUCACACUGGAUCACAAAUGAAAUGGAUAGCCAAGCUCAUGCAAUUUGAUUUUGUGAUAGAAUAUAAGAAGGGAAGAGAGAAUAAGGCAGCUGAUUCCCUAUCCAGAGUUCCAUCAGGGGAAUUGGCAAUGAUUUUGCUCACUCCAACUAGCCAUGAGCUCCUUCAAAGAAUCAAGGACAGCUGGGAAAAAGACAAAGAGGUUGCAGAGAUCAUAGCACACAUCCAGAAGCAGGGGGAGGAGCAGAAGGGGUAUACAUUUGUGAACCAACAGCUGAGAAGGAAGGGCAAACUAGUGGUGGGAAAUGAUAGUUCUCUGAGGCAAGAAAUCCUUCAGAUAUGGCAUGAUAAACCUAUAGGUGGUCAUUCUGGAAUAGAAAACACCUACAAAAGGUUAUCCAAUCUCUUCUACUGGAAAGGGCUCAAGGAAGAUGUGACAACUUAUGUGAGGCAAUGUGCAACAUGUCAAAGAAGCAAGUAUGAUAAUAGUGCAUAUCCUGGAUUGUUGCAGCCAUUACAAAUUCCUAACACUGCUUGGGCCAGCAUUAGCAUGGACUUUAUUGAUGGGCUCCCUAAGUCCAAGGGCAAAACAACUAUACUAGUGAUGGUGGACAGACUCACCAAGUAUGGCCAUUUUAUUGCCAUCAGCCAUCCUUACACUGCCACCUCUGUGGCCCAGGUGUUCUUGGAUCAUGUUUACAAGCUACAUGGUAUGCCAGAGAAUAUAAUCAGUGACAGGGGUCACAUUAGUUGUAGCGACGAAAUCACUCUUUCAAACCAUUCGUUUACUAAGCUUUCUGCUAAGUACUAUGGUCCAUAUCAGAUCUUGCAGAAAAUUGGUCCAGUUGCCUACAAACUCUCACUUCCUUCUCAUGUUGCUAUCCACCCUACUUUUCAUGUUUCACAGCUCAAGCCUUGUUAUGCUAUACCUGAUAAAAUCAACCAUCCUCCAGUGAUUGAUGUUACUAGUCCCUACUGUGUGGAACCUCAGGAGGUCUUGGGCAGAAGGAUGAUCAAACGAGGAAACAAGGCAGUCCCUCAAAUUCUGGUUCAAUGGUCCCAAAUGACAAAGGAACAAGCUACUUAG